AUGGCUGGAAAUGUAGGAAAUAGAUUCACAGCACUGGUGAAUGUCAUUGACUGGGCAAAGAGAAGGAAGAUCUCCUCAUCUGGUCAAAUCCUCACUGCUUUGGCGAUCCCCAGGACUGGUCUGCUCUGGUCAGUAUUCAUAAGACCCAGAGAUGCCAGCACUGAGGCACACAUAACAGCUAUGCAAUCUGUUAUUGCCUUUGUUCUGCUCUCUGCCAUUUUCAAUCUAUUAUAUUUAAUGCCAGUUUUGAUAUCUGAUUUGGUGAAUGAUAAUCUGAUUCUCAUGAUUUACUAG